AUGGAAGCGAUUGCAUCGCUUGCCGCAGCUACAGGCACAGCCAGAACUUCACCAUCGCCGGCUUGUUCGUACCAUGUUUACUGGAAGAGAUGUUUUAUUUGUCAAAGUAUAAAGCGUCCGGCAAAGAAAUUUCCCCUUUCUCAGGCUUCUGCUGAAGGUAUAGAACGUGUUGUAGAGUGUGCAACUAUCCGAGAAAAAUGCAAUGAUCUUUCUUUCCAAGACACCAUAGAUAGAUUAAAAAACGUGAAUUUGAGUGAAAGCGACAAACAAAUACUUUGGCACCGAAGUUGUUACAGUAGCUUUACAAAUAAAGAACACAUCCAGCGUCUUCAGAAGCGUGUAACUGUAAGACAAACGCAAGAUACCGAAUUUGGCGAAGCACACUCAGAAGAAUCGCAACAUCAACCUAGUCUGAGAAGGUCUCUCGUCGAUCGAAUGGAUUGGUCCAAGUGUAUGUUUUGCCAAAACAUUGUUAAAGGCCUAAAGUUAAACCAAGUUCAAACAUUUGAAACAUCACAAAAAAUAUUAGAAAAGGCUGCCUUAAAUCCGGUGAUGAGUCGCAGGUUAGCAAGUACAAAUGAUUUGAUUGCCGAUGAAGGGAAAUAUCAUCUAAAAUGCUACGCCAAGUUUCAAAGAACAACUGCUCAACAGCAGCCUAAACAACAAGAAAAAGAAAGCUGCUUUAUCUUUGAGGAAGUUAUGUCUGUACUUCAAUCUGGGAUCUCGAAGGGUAAUGUAUAUUCUUUGAAAUCUGUUUGGACAUAUUUUUGCAGAAGAUAUCAUUCAGCGUAUGGUGUUGAACCAGAAACUUUCAAAAGUGACAGGUUUAGGACCAGAAUAAAGGAUUGUCUUCGAGAUAAAGUAGUUUUUAUUCAGCCGCUAAACCCUUCUGAAUCGCUUCUCAUAAUAUCCGCUGAUUUAGGAGAAGCAGCACUACAGUCUUUGCUUCAGGAAAAUCAGGAAAACGAUGCAAACUAUGAACAAGGUGAUCUUGGUGCCGAUGGUUUAAAAGACGUAGACCUCGACACGGAGUUGCUAAGCUGGCUUUUCCGUGUAGCCAUAAAAGUUCGUCAUGAUAUUAAAGUUACACCUGGUCAAGAAUCUAUAGGUACUAUAGAUAUGCAAAGUGCUGAAGAAGUUGUCCCAGAUACUUUGUAUAUGCUGAUUCGCAUGUUGUGUGCUGGAGAGGUCGAUACAACAGAUGAGAGCAACGAUGAAUUAAAUAUCGAUUUAAAGACAAAGAUCCUCAGCAUCUGCCAAGACAUCGUUUUUCUUGUCUCCAGGGGUCGGAAGUAUACUCCCAAACACGUUGGCAUUGGAGUAACUGUCCACCAAGCCACCCGAUCAAAAGAGCUUGUUCAACUUCUUCACGCUGCUGGACAUUCCAUAAGUUACGAGACAGUCCUACGAUUAGACAAUGCCAUCGCAAAUGAUACAUUAGAGAGAUACAACACUAACGGUAACGUAAUUGUUCCCCGUAACUUCACAGAAAGCUCGCAUUCAAGUUAUACGCGUUACGCUAUUGAUAACAUAGAUAUUAACGAAGAAACCCUGAGUGGAAUGGGAACAUUUCAUGCGACACAAUCUGCUGCAUUCCGCAGAAUGAACGAAGAAGAACGGAGAGGGAACCUUAAUAUUAAUUUAACAGCAAACAGAAUCCUCAAAGCCCCAAGUGAUCUUCAUCAGCUAGAGUCUGUGAACAUGGUAAGCGAGAAACCGGAACCAGUGCUUUCCAAUGUCGUGAAGGAGUCCUGGUAUGCACCUGACAGACAACUGAUAGAUGACGCAUUCAAAGAAGAUUUGGCAUGGAUUUUAUCCCGAAUGGCGCAACAGCGACCUGAAGUACAAACUAUUCCUGGAUGGACUGGUUUCAAUCAAGUACUGUCAAAGAGUGAUGAAAAACCAACUGUUGUUGGCCCACUUCCAAUUGUAAAUGCCCCAGCACAUGAAUUUGAGACUCUCUGGACAGUCAUAUUGAAGUGUCAGGCGAUGACACACUUACGGCACGGACUUUACAGCGUUAUUACUCUAGACGAAGCCCUUUAUUGUAAAGCGAAGAUGCUCCAGUGGUCAAAAUCUACUGAAUGCAAGAAUUUGGUCAUCAUGUUAGGAGGUUUCCACGCUCAAAUGACCUUCUCGAAAGUCAUCGGAAAAUACGUGGAGUCUUCAGGACUUAGUGAUAUCUGGGAAGAAAGUGGCGUUUUUGGCGAGACAACAGCGGAUAAUAUCCUGAAAGGAAAGAUUUGGAACCGUGUGAUACGCGCUCACAAGUUGACUUUCGAAGCCCUCUGGAGAGUGUUGUGGCCCCUGUUUGAAACCUGGUGUGAUGAAAAUAGCAAAGAUGCUAAUAGUUAUUCACAGGAACCGGCGAAACGACUGGCGGAAGAGUUUUUCUCUCAAGAUGAUGAAUCAAAGCAACUGGCUUAUAUCUCGGUUUUGGAAAACUUUACUAACAUUCCGGAAUUCUUUGAAGAAUUUGAUGCAUGGCACAAGGAUGAUGCGACAUUUUGCUUUUGGAGAACCUAUAUGCGGCUGGUCUCCAUUCUACUCCGAUUCACGAGGGCGAUACGAGAAGGUAAAUGGGAUCUCUUUCUGUCGUCAUUUUCUGAAAUGCUUCCCUGGUUUGCUGCAUUUGACCACGUGAACUAUUUCAGAUGGGGUACAGUCUUCCUUUCCGAUAUGAAGAUGUUGCAACAAAUCGCCCCCGAAGUGUAUCAGGGAUUCCAGGAAGGAGAUUUCGUUACCAAGGAGACUACGAAUCAAUUCAAUCAGAUCCCGGACGACCAAGCUCUGGAGCAUGUAAAUCGAGCUGGAAAAGUAGCUGGAGGCUUAGUUGGCAUAACAAGAUCAGACGCUGCACGAGAUCGCUGGUGCAUCACAUACAACGAGAGAGCACAGCUUUCCGAAGAUACCAAAGCCAUGUUUAAUGUCAUGAGAACGGAUGGAAGUGAUCACAAAGACACUGGUCGUAACAGGAUCAGACGCGAUGAAGAGGAUGUGGUCAAGCUGGUUGCUCAAUUUGAGCGUUAUGACGUGUUUCGACAAACAACUGACCUGGUAGCUGUUACAACCGGCGAUGUAGCUUCAGAUGAUAUCAGGAACGAUCUGUUGCAGGCAAAAGAACGAGGAGAAGCGGCUGUUAAAACCUUUGUUCAAGAAAGAUUGAUAAAGAAAGAAACCAAGUUGCACGACAAGAUCAAACAACAAAAGCUUAAGACGUUUGAAACACUCUACUCUGUCGAUGUAAAAGUCAACAAAGACAAAACAGUGUCUGUCAAGGCGGACAGAGAUCUUUUCAGAAGAGUUGUAGUUGCAUUGGAAUCGGGAAGAGAAGUUGACGUUGAUGCUUUACUGGAACGUGAACUCUCGUCAGUUCCACUAUCGAUAGCCACCGUAGAUGGAAAGCUAAGGAACUGUACAAGUAAGGCUGAUCUGAGUCAUAUACUGCAAGAAAACACAACACAAAGCCGUCCUACGGACGUAGAUGACACAUGCACCAUCAUCGAUGGAAUGGCUUCCGUACAGGCACUAGGAAAUCGGGGGAAAUCCACGACGUUCGGCGAAUGGUGCGACAAGUUCCAGUCAUAUGUUCUCUCGCACUUUUCUGAUAAAUGCACAAGAGUUGAUAUUGUAUUUGAUCGGUACUUGGACAACUCCAUUAAAGGAGGGACUCGUGCGAAGAGGAAAGGUGUAAGAGGUAAAGGAAUUAAGAGAAAAGUUGAAAGCCGUGACCAGAAAAUUGGAAACUGGGACAGAUUUGUUUCUCUCGACGAGAAUAAGGCAAGUCUGGCACAUUUCCUUUGCACACAACUUUCUGAAAAUUGCCAGCUACUUCUUGGUCAAGAACUUGUUGUCAGUGGAGGCUUUAAUGACCCAAAGAAAACGUGGAGUUCAAUCGGUCGAGAUGUCUCCAGACUUGAAUCCGACCAGGAGGAAGCAGAUACUCGCAUCGUUCUACAUGCCAGGGACGCUACACUGCGAGGAAGUCAGCAGAUCAAUGUAAUAUCGCGCGACACUGAUGUGUUCCUGCUUCUCACGGCUCACAAGCCCCAUCUUUGUGAAGUUCUAUGGAUGUUCUCGGGCACGGCAAGGAAAAAGUGCUAUGUACCGAUACACCAAAUCCAUGUCACGGAAGACAUAAGAGAAUCGCUAUUGGCAUUCCACGCUUUGACGGGCUGCGACACUACUAGUCAGUUUGCUGGUAUUGGUAAGAAAUCUGCGUGGACCGUUUUCGUUAAGAAUCAUGACCUUCUGGAACAUCUUGGCGAAGAAAGCAUCGCAAAUGACCAAGUUCUUUCCAAUGCGGAAACCUUUGUGUGCCACCUUUACAAUCCAAAUACAGAUAACGUGCUCAUCAACCAUGAAAGAGUGGCGUUAUUUAGACGAGCAACUAAAAGCUUGGAUUCUCUGCCACCCACUCAAAAUACACUUUUUCUCCACAUCAAGCGUGCGCAUCUGCAGACAUUCAUAUGGAAGAAAGCCUUGGAACCGUGCCCUGUUCUUCCAAGUCCAGAAGAAAAUGGAUGGAAUUUCGAUGACGGCAUUCUGAAGCCCACGCUAACGACUGAAGAACCAGUCUCAGCAUCUUGCGUACAGCUGGCGUACUGCGGUUGUUCCGCUGAGCGUUCAUGUGGAACACGAAGAUGCACUUGUGUACGCCUAUCUUUAACAUGCUCCAAAGCUUGUAAUUGCGGUGAUAAUUGCGUAAACACAAUCUUGGAGGAAUAA